ACUUUUUCGAGUUAAUUAUUAUCAAAAACGCAUGUGUUCUUUCAAAAAUAUGUGCUCAUCCAUAUGUAAUUACUUCCACACACUAAUCAAAGUAUUCUCGUAAGUGUAGAAUUUGCUAUUUAAAAUACAUACGGUCGAGUCGCUCUCUGGCUGAAUCCAUGUUGCGCCUCCAUCUUUGAAAUACAUUCGCCGAAGAGGGACAUUCCUGAAAUUCAAGCUUUGCCUUUCGCGCUCCCAGCUGCACCGUGACGAAUGCCACAGGGCUCCAGUAACGUAGGUGGCAGUAUGCACCUCUACAGUUAGUUUGCAACCCGCCAAUAAACACCCAAAAGAAGAAAGCCAGUCGGCAGAUUUGAAAGCCUGUUGAAGAUGGAUGAUCACACCUAUUCUCGAGCACAUGAAAAGGAGUCGCCAAGGAAGCGAAAAAGAGAAUUAAAACGACAACGCGAUAGGAGAAACAGCAAGACAAAAGUGAAUAUUGGAGUGUGUUUUCCGAGAUGGAAAGAGCUCAUGAGGCUCAAGGAUUUCAAACGAGACGCCGAAGUUGCAAGUUAUCUUCUCGACAGCUAUGACAGAGAACUGAGAGCAGUCACAUCAACACCAAUGAAGGGAAAGCCCUCUCAAGUAUUAGGUGCCCCAGCAGUGUCCAGCAUUUCUAGUGGGACAGACAGAGAUGAGCGUCUUGAUGCAAUUACAGAAGACCCUGAAAUUAACAUCCUUGAACAGAGCCUAGAUGACAUGAGCAUCGUGGAGGAGGAUGUGGAUGAACAUGUGUUCAAUGACCCCAUUAACAGUGUAAUUGACUGGACAGAUGAAGGAUCUGCAUUCCAUCAAAGAGAUGACAGCUCAGAUGAAGAGUAUCUUCCACCAAUUUCUAUAAGAAUGGGUGGAGCAUUAAAGGCAGUGCAGUCUGUUGACCAUCUUCCUGUAAUUGGGCUUGAUGAAACUGUGCAUGACCUUUCUGCUCAUGAAGACCCUACUGAUGAGCCCUUGCCCAGUGUUGAGUUGCCUAGUUACACAGACCCUUUGAAGGUUCAAUGUGUGGAUGAUAUCAUCUGUGUUCGAGCGGCAGUGUUGUAUGAGACCUGCUUGAGACAGCUUCUCACACUGAUAAAGCUGCCCGUGGAAAGAUGUACAGGUGUUCUCAGGACUGGUCUGGUGUGUGAUAGUGUUGCCCCCUUUCACAUCAACAUCACUUAUAAGGGCACGGCAAUGAUUGUGGAAUGGAUUUGUCCCAAUGGACAUAACCUGUGGAGAUGGAAUUCCCAGCCUGUGAUGAAGUUUGGGAUGCAAGCAGGGGAUUUCCUUCUAUCCACCAACAUUUUGUUGUCAGGGAACAAUUAUGGGAAGGUUUCCCUAUUGUUCAAGUUCAUGAACAUGGGUAUGGUGAACCAAAACACAUUUUGCACAAUCCAAGACACAUACUGUGUUGACGCCGUCAAGGAAUACUGGGAAGAAAGGAAUUCUGAGGCCAUCGGUCGCCUUCAAGGGAAAGACGUCGUGGUGCUAGGGGAUGGCAGAAAUGAUUCACCAGGGCAUUGUGCCCAGUACUGCAGCUACACUACAAUGGAGCUUGACACCAAGGAAAUCAUUCAUGUAGCCACAAUAGACAAGCGGCAGACAUCGUGGAACUCCAACAUCAUGGAGAAGGAGGCAUUUAUCCAGACUGUAGACAAGCUUUCCAAACAGAUAAAGCUGGUGGAGAUCUGCACAGAUGCACAUAUCCAGAUUGGAGCCCUUAUGAACCCAGACAAAGGCAAAUACAAGGACCUUGGGAUUCAUCACAGUCUGGACAUGUGGCACGGUGCCAAGAAUCUGGCCAAGAAACUUGCUGCUGCAGCGAGGGUGAAAGGACAGUCCAUUCUCCUACACUGGUUGAAGGACAUCGUCAACCAUUUUUGGUGGUGUUGCAAGACUGCUGAUACCAAAGAGCAGUUUCUUGCACUUUGGAUUGGCAUUUGUCACCAUGUCUGCAACGUCCACACAUGGCAAAUGGGAAGCUGCCAACAUGGCGAUCUGGGAGAAGUUCUUGGGAAGCAGUGGAUCCAGAGAGAUUCCAAGUCUCACAAAGCAUUAGUGGACAUCGUUUUCAACAAGCGUUGGCUGAAGGAUGUGCAUAAAUACCUGCGUUUCAGAUCAACGGCAGACCUGGAGUCAUUCCAGAACCAUGUACUAAUGUAUGCAAGCAAGCGCUUUGCUUUCACACCCCCGGUUUAUGAGGCAAGAGUUCUGCUGGCAGCUAUUGACUACAAUUUCCACCGCAACAGACCAACAAGUACUACAUCUGAGGGCAAACAAAUAUUCCGAAGAGUUUACAACAAACAUGCAAGACGGUACAGCUUGUACGCUCUGAAGUCUGAGAAAACGUAUGAAUACAUCUCAGAACUGCAGAGAAAAAUUUUAAACAAGAGACUCACAAGUGGAGUUGGGAUGCCUCGAAGAAGAAGCCUUCGGCCCAACGACCCAAGACUUCUUGGUCUUGUCCCCCCUAUACCUGCACCCCCUAUAUCAGAGCUGAUGCGGACACAAGUUAGCAGAGGCCUUGGAUCCGCUUUCCAAGAGACUGCAAAUUAACCAUGAUCCCUAUUGCUGGUCAAUGUUGCUUCAAAGGCACCAUUAAAAAAGGGUUCAUGUGUAAAUUGGUGUAAAUUUUAUAAUUUCUGUAAAUAAAUGUAUACUGUAAAUAA